AUGAGUGGUCGGCGGCUCCGGCACGUCAACGCCGAGCGUAAACUGAAGGAUUGGCGGCACGAGGCGCGAGAACGACAACUGGAAAAGACGGCGCAGGAUUAUUUGAAGAGACUCGCGAAGGAGAAGAAGAAGCGGCGCGAGGAGGUGGUCGAUCUGGGCGCGGUGCGCAAGGCCAGCCACGCCGCCAUGGCGAGAGUCGCUGAUGCGGUGAAGAGCGGUAUGGAGCGGCACGGUCUGGAUAAGGGGAAGCGGAAGCUGAGCGCGGAGGAGGAGGGGGAGGAGGAGGCGGAGCGGGCGCAGCAGGCGAAGCGAGGGAAACUUCUAGGCAUGCUGGAGGAUAUUGAGGAGGGGGAGGACGACGAGGAGGAGGAUGAGGAGGAAGGGGAAGAGGAAGAGGACGAAGAGGAGGAGGACGAAGAGGAGGAGGACGAAGAGGAGGAAGACGAGGAGCAUGAGGAGGGAGAGGAGGGCACAGAAAAGGGAGGGGAGGAGGGGAGUGGGAGUGGUUCGAAGGAGGGGAGCGAGGGGAGUGGGGGUGCAGGGAGUGCAGGCAGUGCGGGCAGUGCGGGCAAGGCAGUGGCACCGCUGCACUCGUCCUCGUCUGAUGAGGAGCGCGAUGAAGCUUGCCAUGCAAGUCGCUCGCCCUCCGCCCACUCCUCGGCACUCCACCAUCACGAGCCGCAGGCACAGCCGCAGCUGUCGUUGGGGUUGGAGCGGCUGAAGCAGGAGCUGCAGCAGAGGGGGCUCAAGUGUGGUGGCACCCUGAGCGAGAGGGCAGCGCGGCUCUUCCUGCUCGCCAGCACGCCUGUGGACCAGUUAGACCCCAAACACCUUGCUGGGGCUGCUGCUGGUGGUAAAGGCCGCAAGAGCAAGGGCAAGCUGUGA